AUGAUGCGGUUCGCAUGCUCCCAACUCGUCGUGGAGCGACUCGACCCACUCGUUAAUCCAGGAGUCGUCGGAACUCCGCAUGUGCAUCAGAUCGUUGGCGGAAACUCAUUCAGGGCUGACAUGAAGCCUGUGGAAUACGAUCUACCUUCACGAUCCAAUUGCACAAGCUGCACGUUUAGCGAGGACUUUAGUAACUACUGGACGGCGGCCUUGUAUUACAAGGCGAGGAAUGGAACUUUUAAGCGUGUACAGCAGUUUGAGAAUGGAGGAUUGAGGCAGAACGGUGGGAUUACGGUGUAUUACAUUCCGCCAUAUGAUGGGAUUAGUAAUGUUACUGCAUUCAAACCGGGGUUCCGCAUGCUGGCCGGCAACCCGACGCUUCGUAGUACGAAAGGUGAAUCUCGGGGUCUUUGCCAUCGAUGCUUCGAAGGUGCGGAUUUCAAACCAUUCGGAGGAGCACCCUGCACCGGAAAUGACACAACCAGUCUCCCUGACCACUUCUGCCCUGGGGGGAUUCGCACGACCAUCAGCUUUCCCACGUGCUGGGAUGGCGUGAAUCUUGAUUCUCCGGAUCAUCAGAGCCAUGUUGUAUACUCUGAGAUUCCAUUCGAGCCUUACUUGGAGCCUUGUCCAGAAUCGCAUCCCGUUCACCUGCCACAGUUGAUGUAUGAGGUUAUGUGGGAUACAAAGCCAUACAAUAAUAAGAGCUUGUGGAAUGAGGAUGGCAGUCAACCAUUCGUGUAUGCCAUGGGUGAUGCAACCGGCCAUGGUCAGCACGGCGAUUACAUGUUUGGCUGGAAAGGAGACUCGCUUCAACGUGCCUUGAACGCACGCUGCGAUAAUGACAAAUGCAAGGAGCUUGUACGGCAGUCAGACGAGGAUGCGAUGAAAUGCACCAUUCCGCAGACGAUGAAGGAGGACGUCGACGGCAACGGAUGUACGUCCACUCGAACCCUAGCUUGGUGGAACUGA